UAAAAUCUGUUUAAUAUUUGAAGCUCUUUAAAGGGGAGAAUAAACGGACACAGGAAGAUAUCUGGCAGACAAAUAAGAAACAAAUAGAAUAAAAUAAAAAAUACAGAAUGGAAUUCGUAUAGUUGUAAUUUAUGAUCCGGUCCUCGUUUAAAUCCUUGAGCAAAGGUUUCUGUGAUACAGUGGUGUUUAAAAUGUGUUUUGGUGAGCAGCAAUAGUAGGGUGCUUGCGUGUCUUAUAAAAGAUCUCGUAAAAUAAGGCUUCCAAAUACAUACUGUAUCGUUUUGUGUAACCAAGAAGGGCUUGUAACAGCAGUCAAGUGCCAAUAAUACUCUGCUUUUUUUUCCUCCUCCUCUUUUUUAUUCCAGUCAUUCAUAUUUUCCCCUCUCACAGAAAGCAGAUCUUUCUCAUAUCUUGAUAAUUCUUAAAACUCGGGGUUGUUAUAGCAGAGAGGGUGAGUAUUUAAUGACCACAGGGAUUGAUUUAUCCUUUAUUGUUCAGCCUUAUGAUCACGUGUGUCUGCUGCCCAAUGGCAUGGCAGCAUGUCUCCCCAUUACUUUCCCACUGUAGUUCUCUGUGGGGCCAAGUUGCUACUUGAUUUCUCCACAUUGUUAUUUUGUGAGGCUGGGUUUACUGCGUGUGUAUGUGUGUGUGGUGUGUGCGCGCGCGUUUUUUACUUUUGCAUGUAUCCCUUGUAUAACUGCGUACAUGUGAAAGUCAAAUUUUUCUGCCAUGUCGACAUCUGGAACACUGACUAGUUACUACGUCGAUUCCCUCAUUCUGCCCGAGAGCGAGGAGCUCUCUGUGCCGAGGUACCCCUCCGGUCCUGGGCUCCAGCACGCCAGACAGCCCGCCUCCCUCAGCGACCACAGCGAGCUCGGGACUUGCACCUUCCCGUCCAAACCCCCGGUUUUCGGACCGUCAUGGAGCCACGUCCCGGCUCAGUUCCCGGGCACGGUUUCCUCUGUGUACCAUCACCACUAUGGGCAUCCCCAAGGCCCAGUGGCUGCAGAAACAGACGGCCGCUAUCAGUCGUGGCUUCUGGAGCCCAUGUCCGGUUCCCUGCCCAUGACCGGAUUACCGACGAGCCAUCAUUACGGAAUCAAACCGGAGGGUUUGGGGACGCGAGCUGACGGCGCGCUGCCCGGAUCCCACACGGCGCUGCUGCUCUCCGAUUACGCCAACGGCACGGUGGCGACAGCAUCACCAGUGGAAAAGGACGAACUGUCCGUCCAGGCAGGGGACAUGAGCGGAGAGAGUGAAGAGAAACCUGGCCUGGAUCCAAAUAAUCCAGUGUCCAACUGGCUCCACGCGAGUGCCACGAGAAAAAAGCGCUGUCCGUACACCAAGCACCAGAUCCUGGAGCUGGAGAAAGAGUUCCUCUUUAACACCUACCUGACCAGGGACCGUAGGUAUGAGGUGGCGAGGCUGCUAAACCUCACCGAGAGACAGGUUAAAAUCUGGUUCCAGAACCGCAGGAUGAAGAUGAAGAAGUUUAAUAAAGACGGCGCACCGAAAGACGAGUGACUGAACCGUGUAGAUUGAGCAGUAUUUUAGGCUGAUAGCGAGCUUUCUGUGUAAAAGCUCUUAACUCUGCUGGACCUUGUUUUUAAACUCCAUUGUCUUAUUGUUCUAUAUAACAGCUAUAGGAUUAUUUGUCUUGUAAGAAAAAAAACAGACAAAAACAAACAAAAAAAACGCAUGUUGGGCUUUUAGUUUGAUGCGACUACCUUUAUAUUGCACAAUUUUAACAGUGCCCACUCGUUUUUUUAAAUUCUUUUUUUUAUGUUUAUUUGAAUUAAUACCUCGUUAAAGUGUAUCAGUUGGCCUGAUUCCUGUGCUUGUUUGUGUAUGGAUGUUUUUAACUGUGUGUGUUCUGGUUUGUAGCUGUAUUUGUUGUCUAUCUCAGAGCCACCUGAGCGCAUAGUUUGUUUUUUAAAAAAUGUAUUAAUUUUAUUGUUGUUUCUCCCUUACUGCUAGAACUAUGACUGAUGACCAUGAGUUUGAAUCUAACAUAGAACCGUAGGAAGAAAAAAAAAAAAGCCCAGAUAAACAGACGGGUCGCCUUUUGAAGUUUAGGUGCAGAAAACCCACAGACAUCUUCUUGGAAACUCAAUUUAAUGUUAUAGAAGCUAUAUUAUAUGACAUGAUUGACUACCUAUGCCCUUCAACUACCUACAAUAACCUUUGUUUUGUCGAUGGCGGAUUAUAGUAGAGUUUUUUUUUUUGCUUGCAUUACUGAACUGUGUCUGACUGAAUUUCAGGGAGUAACAUUUUCAAAGAGCAUAAUGUUUGUUAGUGAGAGGACAGAAAAUAUAAAACACUGUAGGCUACUCAUUGAAUACCUCGCGGUCUGCUGGCCGUCUGACUUUUUUGGUUCACAAAUGUAAUUUGUACUUUAUUUAUUAAAUAAAACAAAUUAUAUCUGCGAAUGCA